GAGGGUGUGGGAGAGCAAAAACGCAACCAGAGGAGGAGGAAAAGCCGUCGAAGCUUGUGUGCCUAACUGUAGCGCUGAUCUUACCGCAUCCUUUCGCAUCGGCCCCUACGGAGAGCAGCGCACAUGCGGGUGCGUAUGAUCAUCUGCCAGUUGGAAGAGUUAUAAAAAUUCUGUCGCGCGGCAUUCGCGCUCUCUUCUCUUCUUCGGUUUCCUUUACACGGGAGGUCUCCGAGCCUGAUGGAGGGCUCGCGGAAUAUUUCAGCAGCCGGUCUGCUUUCAACAAUGGCCUCCUCCGCCGUCACGGAACCGACGUUAACGCCGUCGGCGUUUCAGGCGCUUUUGAUGUUGGUGGGAGGACAGGACGAUGGGAGUGAUGGCGGGAACGGAAGGAUGCGGUCGUGGUCUACACUCAUCGGUAUUGUGACUGCUCUGAUCGGGAACAUUUUCAUCUCCUUCGCCUUGAAUAUACAGCGCUACGCGCAUAUUCGCAUCGAACGCGAGUGGGAGAAUGAGCGGGUUCGUUUGGGAGUCAGAAGGCCGCGAUGGAGGCAGGCCAGCUCAAAUGGGCAAUCCUCGCAUAACUAUGGGAUUGUCUCUGGUUCGAUUGAUGAGUAUGGUGAUGGUGAAGGCAAUAGCGGAGAAUAUGCGGACAGCCCAACAUUUGAAAGAUAUCGAGACGACCCUGAGGAAGAUGAGCCCAGUCUGGAUAUAGAAGAACAUGACGAACACAGUCGGUUAGGGCAUUCUUUUCAGUCUGAUCGGACACUGAGACCAGUGGAGAAGGAUGUCAACGGCCCCGAACGCAAGUCCUAUUUGAGCUCCCCGUAUUGGUGGGCCGGUAUUGUCCUCAUGACCAUCGGGGAGGCAGGAAACUUUCUGGCCUACGGUUUUGCUCCUGCAUCGAUUGUAUCGCCCUUGGGCGUGAUUGCUUUGGUGUCGAACUGUGUCAUUGCCCCUUUCAUGCUGAAGGAGAAGUUUCGGAAGCGUGAUUUCUGGGGCGUUAUCGUCGCAAUUGCGGGAGCGGUCGUCGUGGUUUUGAGUGCAAGUUCCUCAGAAGAGAAGAUCGGGCCUCAUGAGAUCUGGGACAUGAUUACGACGUGGGAAUUCGAACUCUAUCUAGGACUUACUGCGGGAAUGAUCGUGGCAUUGAUGUGGGCAAGUGGAAAACAUGGCUCACGGUCCCUUCUAAUUGAUCUUGGGUUGGUUGGACUUUUCGGUGGAUAUACUGCCCUAUCAACUAAAGGUGUCGCCUCUCUUUUGUCUUUCACUUUGUGGCAUGUCAUCACAUUCCCUAUCACCUAUCUGCUUGUAGCUGUUCUUGUCUCCAGCGCGUUAAUGCAGAUUCGGUAUCUCAAUCGUGCUUUGCAGCGAUUUGACUCAACUCAAGUGAUCCCCACUCAAUUCGUCUUAUUCACGCUGUCUGUUAUCAUUGGCAGCGCUGUCCUCUACCGUGACUUCGAGUCCACCACGGCCAGCAGAGCUGCGAAAUUCGUGGGCGGUUGCGCCUUGACUUUUCUUGGCGUUUAUCUUAUCACGAGUGGCAGAGUCACUGCCGAUGAUGCCUCUUCUCUAUCCACUGAUGACGAGGAGGAAGCGAUUGGAUUCAUGCACAGUGAAAGGUACCAGGACGAAGUCGACAUCUCUGCUUCAGGACCCGACCGCCAAGUGCGUAAGCCUGGCCAGACUGCUGCUCGCGAGCAAGCUGUUCCACAGCCGCGUCGUGGGUCAUUGUCAAGUGGCAGCAUCGACAUCAAUGAUGACGAAUUAGUCCCGCCGCGGCAUGGUCUAUCUACUUCGCUAUCCUCUCAGACACCCUCCCUCGCUGCAGCGUCUUUGACCUCUCCAUCCAGGGAGGGGACCGUCUCACCAGAGCCUCCCCACUCUUUGAUCAACAACCCUUGGGCUUCAGAAGCACAUUCCAUCGACACAUCCCAGUCAGAGCCCGUGGAGCGACCCUCUACUCCCCCAGCAGCAUCUACCGAACCACUUGAUGAGUCGACUGUUGUUCUGCGAUUCCCGUCGGCGCCCGGUGUAGUUGGCCCCCCGCAGCAGAAUACUGGAACUCCGCAAACGCCAGCCACCCCGUCUGCGGCAGUCGACCGUACGCAUCGCAGACCCCGGCAUCCUCAAGGCAUGCGAACGCCACCAGCCAGUUCACGGCAUUCACUGUCACUGCAUCUCACUCCUGGCCCGCUGUUGCCCCCUCUUUCGUCGGGUCUCAGUGCAGUGGUCGCAGAGUCUCUUCGACGGGGCGAGGGUAGUCCACGGAAGGCUCAGAGGGCAAAGCGACAAGGCAGAACAAGAAAACAUUCUAGUGCUGCCGUUGACGGUUUCCAUCGGGACAGAGACGGUGACGCUGGAGAGAUUGGAUAUGAUACCGAGGCCAGCGUCGACCACAGUUCUGGUGCUAUCCAGUCCACCCCGGCCUCGACGAGAUUUAACUCGACAGGCGACAUGCACACUGAUGGACACUCAAGCCCCGCCAAUGGAAACACCGGUAGCAAGGAUCCCACAGAUGAUGCAUCUUCUUCUCGACUACGCAGUCUCAGUGAUUCCUGGAACGGCCGACUGGCCUGGUUGGGAGGCACAUUACGAAAAUCCAAUAAGGGAAAGCCUAAAACCCUCCUGCCUAGCGCUCCACUGGAUCGCAUAAACGGUGAAGGCGCAGAUGCGGGUCGUGAAUAAUUCGGCAUAACAUUUGCGGAAGAUAGUUACAGCGUCGCUGUCUUCCUAUCCUCUAUAGAGUUCCUUGUAUUCUUGCACCAUUCGUGUGUUAUAGUUCUUGUUCAUCGUUUUUCAUGGAAUACCUUGUCUACAUAGCCCACUCUCCUUUUCACGAUCCGUCAUACAUACAUAGUGCUUUCUAUUUCCCUUUUUCUUUUCCAAGGUUGGGUACUUUGGGCAUGCAUGGUUUAGUUUUGUAUGUAUAUACCUUUAAUCCAGAUACCUAUACUUGUUGUAUAUUCAUCUUUGUAUGUUCUUCUAUAUAUAGGCGUACUCUUGAUAGUGAUAGGACUAUUCAGCGUUAUCAACGUAAUAAGAUUGUUUUAUCGAAUACAUUGACUAUACGACUC